GCACAAAGGGAUCUGUCAGUGCCGCUCGGGCCCCUCCGAAGGGGCUGGAAAUGCCUCUUCCAGCUUGGAAGGGGCUGCGCCAAAAGUCCUCCCAGCGCUGGGGGCUGUGGAUGAGCUCGGUGCCGGGGUGGGCAAGGGGUGUCCCAUCCCUGGGGGUCUGGGAAUGAACCGAAGGGGGUUUUUGCUCCUGGAAAACUGGAGGAAGCUAAGCCUUGAUUGAGAAUUGGAACUCCUGGUCCUGCUCAUUGGGAGCUGAGUCCUUGGAAAGCCCCAAGAGCCUCCCUUUCUCCAACCACCCAUCUCCGCGUGCCUCCUCUUCCCAUUUCUCUUGCCCAACGAUGGGAUUUCCCUGUCCCGAGUAGGUUGUGCUUCGUGCAGGUGAUUUUGGAGCAGCUUUGCAGCACCAGGACCGCAUCCCGAACCCUCCCACCGUUCUCCUGCCAACGCCGGCUGGAGCAAGGCAGCUUCCGUCGGCUCUGCCCGUGCCGUGGAGCUGAGCCGCCAACAUGAGCCCUCUGCGGGUAAAGGAAUCCCCAGGGAUGGGGGCUUUGGAAGCAUCAAUCCUGCUCAUCGAACCCCGCUCCUCCUGAGGGGUCUCUGUACCCAACGGCAGCGGAGGAGCCUCUGCUGGGAUUUGUCCUUCGCCGUCCGGCGCUUGAGCUGCCCUCAGCCCCCCCCGUGCCAGCAGGAUCCGCUCAGGACAUGGUCCAGUGCCACAGCCCCUCCAGCCCCGAGCGCUCGGACCCACCAUGCUGACCAUAAAGCUGCCGCAGAUCUUCCUGGUCCAUCAGGUGCCGCGGAUCUUCUGGGAGGAUGGGAUCAUGUCUGGAUAUCGGCAUCCCGGGAGCUCAGCCCUUGACUGUGUCCUCAGCUCCUUCCAGAUGACCAACGAGACAGUCAACAUCUGGACACACUUCCUGCCGGCCUGGUAUUUCGUGUGGCGCUUCCUGGUGCUCUCCUCCUCCCUGGAUUUCUGCCGGGAGCCCUACCUCUGGCCGCUGCUCAUCUACCUGCUGCUCGUCUGCCUCUACCCCUUCGCCUCCAGCUGCGCCCACACCUUCAGCUCCAUGUCGGCGCGCGCCCGCCACAUCUGCUACUUCUGCGACUACGGCGCCCUCAGCCUCUACAGCCUGGGCUGUGCCUUCGCCUACGGCGCCUACGCCGCGCCGGACCACUGGGUCAGCGCAGGGCUGCACCGCUACUUCGUCCCCGCGGCGGCGUUUAACUCCUUCGUCUGUACCGGCCUUUCCUGCUACUCCCGCUUCCCGGAGCUGGAACAUCCUCGGUGGAGCAAGGCGCUGCGGACGGCGGCUUUCGUCUACCCCUUCCUCUACGACAACAUCCCGCUCUUCUCCCGGCUCCUCUUCUGCUUCCGGAACAACUGUGCCUGGACCGAGGCGGUGGUCGGGUACUGCUAUCACCUCCUCUUCGCGCUCCUCACCGGCUUCCUCUUCGCGUCCCACCUUCCUGAGCGCCUGGCGCCCGGACGCUUCGACUACAUCGGACACAGCCACCAGCUUUUCCACAUCUGCGCCGUGCUGGGCACCCACUUCCAGCUGGAAGCCAUCCUCUGCGAUGCAUCCUCGCGCCGGGCCUGGCUGCGGGCUCGCCUGCCCCUUCCCGGCCUCCCCGGCACCUUCGGCACUGCCGCGUUGGUGCUUUUGGGCAACGUUGCCAUCAUCGGCGCCUUCACCGCAGCCUUGUCCCGGGCACCCGGCGGCUCCAGCGCCCCCACUAAUGUCCCCCCAAGGGCUGGAGGGAGCCGGGAUGCCGCAGGGUGAGGGGCUGCAGGGACCUAGGACCCCCCCAGAUCUCCCCUGCCCCCCAAGUGUGGGGUGGGGUGGGAGAGGGGCUCAGGUGCCUGAGUCCUGCUGGGGUUGUCCUGGGGGGUCAUAAGAGGCGUCUCCGUGGUCCCUCUGUGUGUGCCCCCAUCCCGUGCCUCAGUUUCCCCACUGUUAAGAUAGAGCUAAUCCUACUCAUCUCUGCAGGGAGGGUAUCGUAGCGCUUACGCUGCACUUAACCCACGUAGCGGCCGCCGCGGAGGCACUCAGCCUCUGCCCCGGGCUGGGGGACCCCCAGAGCCACCGCAGCGGCAUGCGACGCCGCGAGCCCGCCGCGCGCAGCCAGGAUCGGCACAACCCGCUGGGGAUGAGAUGCAGCGCUGGUGGCCCUGGGGUGAUGUGUAUGGCUCAGGCACAGCGUGUGGGACCUGCUGCUGUGGGCGCAGCUCCGACGCGGUGUGCACGGUCCCGCUGCGCAUCUCCAAUGCAGCACGCACAGCUCUGACGUGACAGGGGUGGCCCUGCUGCAGCAGACACAGCGUGCAUGACCCUGCGGAGCUCCAACACAGCGUGCAUGGCCCUGCUGCAGCAUGCAGAGCUCUAACACAACGUGUAUGGCUCUGCUGCAGCGUGCAGAGCUCUAACACAGUGUGCAUGGCCCUGCUGCAGCGUGCACAGCUCCAAUGCAGCAUGCAUGGUCGUGCUGCACCUCGGCCACUGCCUGGUGUCCAUUGCUGAGUGCCUGAGCGCAGCUGAGGACGGGGCGGAUGGGGGCAAAGUGAAGGGAUUGGGUUUGAGGUGAGGGUGCAGAGUGCUGGCAAAGGUGGUGCUCGGCGGGAGCAGGAUCAGUGCCCGUCGGGAGCAGGAUCAGUGCCCGGUGGGGAGCAGGAUUGGUGCCAUGCGCUGGCUGAGCCCCCUGAGUGAGGGGUGCAGUGAGGUGGGACCCUGGAAGCUGCUCAGGAGAUGCCUUUGGGGCAGGGAAGAGGCUGUCGCUCCCCGGGGACGCAGCAGCGAUGCUGCAGGUGCUUUGGGGUGGGAGACGAGAGCCCAGCAGCCCCGUCCCAAGCGGUGCGUGGCUGUGGCCGUGUGCAGGAGGGGAUGGGAUCGCAGCCCGUGGCGGGCAAAGCACCACGCAUGGCUCUGGGGUCCCAAUCCCACCUCCUCUUCCCCCUCUUAACCUUCAGCUUAAGGAACUGGGUGUUCGCUAUGGGAAUCCCGCGGCUGGGAAGGGUGCUGAGCUCUGGGGGUCCCGCAGCCGCCCCGCAGCUCCGCUAACGCCCUGCUUGGGACAAGCAGCUUUUCAUUAAACUGGAAUA